GGAGGACUCCAGAAUGUUAGGCCUGUGGUUGCCAUAGCAACGGGGAGGCUGGGUAGCCCAGAUUCAGCCCAGGGAGACCCAAGGAGGUCCAUGACAUCCUGUCAUGAACAGUGACACAAGGAACUGAACGCUAAGGCACAUCUGGGCGGGGCUCCGUUCACACCUGGUCUGCACCUGGUCUCAUCCUGGCUUUACAGGUACUUAGAAGAACAUGUAGAGUUUUUCAUCAAACAAAUGGAACAUAUCACAGAACUUUGCUAAGAUGGACAACUCCGCACGCAAAGACCAACACCCUGACAAAAAAUAUCCCAGCCAUGCCAGCAAAUUACAGAAAGGUUUUACUGCUGCAUAUCCAACACAAUCCUCCAUUCCUUUUAAAAGCCGGAAUUUAACAAUUCCAGAAUCAGAAAAAAAGGGAUUCAAUAGUCAAGCCAAGAGGUUUUAUUAUAAAAAGGAUAGCAUCCCAGGUCCGGGGUUCUACGACGUCAUUCACCAAUCUCCAGUGUUCAACAGUGCCUCGUUGUCUAAGAAAGGGACGUGCACUUUUCCCUCUCUGCGAGCCCGGUUGGACACCAUUAUUUCUAAAUACCCUGCAGCGAACACAUACACUAUCCCAUCACAUCUUGUCUCGAAGAAAGACUUCAGUAAUUCCUGUUCCAGCAUGUUCCAGUUGCCAAGCUUUGCAAAAGUCCUCAAAUUUGAAACUCCUGCACCAAACCAGUACAAUACCUCUGUCUCUUACUGCAAGCAGAGAAACAACGUCUGUGCCCAAGCCGGGUUUCUGUCCAAAACCCAGAGAGGAUUUUUCAGUGUCGCUGAAACAGGACCUGCCCCAGCAGAGAGGUCAUUUAUUCUCCUGCUUCUACAAGGCACCUGUAUCUCCUCACCUUUGCCACCACUGGGACAUUAUAAUAUCAACGAAUCCCUUGUGAAGCAGUCGCCAAAGGUAUUAAUGUCUUGUUUUAAAUCAAAAACUGAACGUGGAUUAAAACUGACAUCAACGGGCCCAGGACCUGGUUAUUACAACCCCAAUGAUCACACCAAGAUUCUGAAAAAGACUCUUAUCCCGAGAAACCCCAUCCUGAACUUCUCUGCACAGCCUUUGCCCCUGCCCCCGAAGCCGCCCCUCCCGGGCCCUGGGCAGUAUGAGAUCGUGGACUACGCAGGGCCCCCUAGACACUUCAUCUCCAGUGCUGCGUUUGUGUCCAACACCAGCCGGUGGACAGAGGCCCCGUCCCAGUCAGGCCUGCCAGGCCCAGCCACGUACAGGCCGGAAUUCCCUGGAAAGCAGUCCUUUCUCUACAACGAGGACAACAAAUGGAUCCCGGUGUUGUAGGGCCCUCACACAAGUUCAGGGAGGACCCUGGCCACCAGCUGCCCCACCCAGGAUCCCUGGGACGUUCAUUCAGAGAAUGUCCGUUUCGUGUACGACAGAUGACUCCCUGUGGGCAGCUCUGCGCCCCUCCGCUCCCCCCCAGCUGCUACUGAGCUGGGCUCCUGCAUUUGUCCUUGUCUUGAGCUGUCCCCUGGAGACUGGACGUCCAUAUCUACUGACUCCAGUGGUUUCCUGAGCAGAAAUGAGGAGUGGACAGAGCCUCUCUUGUUUACCUCGCCAAGCAGUCCAUGCUGGCUUCUGCGGGCCUCCCCGCAGAUGUAAGGGGCUGCUGAGCUCAGACUCCAGCGAGAAGGCGGCCAACAGCAGAUUCCCUGUCUAGAGGCCUGAUGCUGAGCCAUGGCUCUGGGCUCCAGAGCACACCUGCAGGAUGGACCUCACAGGACCGCAGCCCAGGCACACUGGCAUCCUUCAGCCUUGACCCCCAGACUUCCCCUGGAGUCUCCGGAGCUGGGAAGGCCCAGAGGCGCUUGUGAUAGACACGGAAGGAUUGCCUGGGCCCUCACCUCCAGCUAGAUCUUUGUGUCUCCCAUUCAGGAAGAGCACAGCAGCCAGUCACUGUGGUCACUUCUGCUCAUUACCCACCUUCCGGAGGGGCCACCGCAUCCCCUGGGUGGCUCAGUAUUCGGCAGCCCAUGUGGGCAGGAGGCUGCCAGAACCAGGGCCCUGGAAACUGUGAUUCUGAGGGCCAGGGAGGCCACACACCACUUGGUGCCUGUGGGUCCUUGCUUUCCCCAGGACUUCCCUGUCCCCAGGCCUGGCCUCUGUCUCCUUCCAGGCCUGCUGCUCCAGCUUGACACAGUCUUCGGUGGAUCUUUUCUGGCCUGCCAAAUUGGCUUCCUCCUGGCAAAAGGAAGAGGUUCCCAAAGAACCAAGGGGAGCUGGAACUGAGCACUUGCCCCAAAUACCGAUGUUGUUCACGUCUGCCAGAGCAAGGCUCUGCUGCAGCCCCCUCCCUGCUCCACACACAGUCAAGGCCUCUGACUCCCUGGGCUCCGCCUCUGACUUUUCCCUGUGACCAGAGAACGGUUUUUCUGUCCGAAUGGCCACUGACUGGCCCUCCCUUUGGGGGAGGGAGGAAGUGGGGGGGAAACGGAUAGAAUACCACAUCCAAUUAAACUGAAUUCUUGCAUCUCACGAAAGCUGGCCUUUUUGUGAACCCCAGAUUCCCGCCAGUGCCCGCUGCUCUGAGAUGAGCGGGAGGUGGCCUGGAGCUCCUGGCAAAGCGCCACAAAAGGCAGGACCUCGAGGCAGGAUGGCUUGGGCUCCCCUCUUGUCAGGUCCGUAGCUUUUCCUUGAGGGAAAAGAGUUGGAUUCGAAUUCCGGGGCUCAAGGUCAACACUUUCAGGGGCUGGGCAGGUAGUGCGUGGAGGAAAGUAGGUAAGGCCGGUAUGGGGAGGGGGGUCCAAGGCCGCCUGUCUAAAGGGACAUUUAGUAAGUAUCCAGCUAACUGUGGCCAGAUCUGCAGAGUUUCAACAGAAAUCUGGAAGUCCUCAAAAUGUGAAAUCUCCUGACUGGAGAUGUUGAUAACCAUCUUUCAACUUGAAGUUUUCUGUUGAGGCUAAAGGAAACUUCUGCAGGCCAUCCAUUGUCCACUUGGGUUGUAGAAGUUCUGGAAGACCCUUUUGAAGCUGGCAUUUGAUGUUGUACCUUUCUUUGACCCCAGACUCUGGACAAUGGGGCCAGACCCCAAAGCCUUGGUUUUUAGGUCCCUCUGACCCUGGGGGACCUUUAGCAGAUGAUUGGGCUGGGUGCCGCCAGCCCUGGGGUCUCUGUGCGCAGAGGCUGGGAAAUGCAUGUGAAAACGAGUCAGGUCUCUCUAGCCCUCGGGCAGCUGGGCUGAGCACCGGCAGGUAAGGGCUGUCUCUCCAGAGGAGCGCCCUCCAACAUGGGAUCAGGAAAGAGGGAAUUCUGUGAAAAAAUGGCAGGGCUGUGCUUGGCCAGUCUGAAUCUGGCUUCUGUUGAAUACAUGACGAGUUGAGGCCCUGAGCUCAGAGGGUCUGUCUUGACCAUAUCUAGCUCUCAGACUCUGGCCAUAUGUUAGGAUCACCUUGGGAGCUGUUACAGAAACAGGCUGCCCAGGCCCAAACCCUCAGAGUUCUGAUGUAAUUGAUCUGAGGUAAGGUCUGGGCCUUGGUAUCUGUAUUGAUGUUCUUAGCAUGAUGAUGAUAAUGUAUUUAGUUAGGGUUAGGACACACUGAUCCUUUUUUUUUUUUUUUUUAAGAUUUUAUUUAUUUGGAGACAGCGAUCACAAUUAGGUAGAGAGACAGGCAGAGAGAGAGAGGAGGAAGCAGGCUCCCUGCUGAGCAGAGAGCCCAACUCAGGGCUCCAUCCCAGGACCCUGGGAUCAUGACCAGAGCCAAAGGCAGAGGCUUUAACC